CCACCACCACACUACUCCGUACUACACUACUGAUUAGCAUCUGCACCUUGCACCUGCACCUGCACCUGCACCUGCACCCAUCACCGCCAGGCUUGCUUACCCGGCUUGUUUUGGCCUCUCUGCCAGCCUGCUUUGGAUUGUUGAUUUCACUUCUUUUGAUCCUUUUUCGCGACCAUGAUGGCAUGAUCACUUCACCAUUUAGAGAAUAGUGUUCUACUGCGCGCAGCAUUACAGCCCGUUUGGCAUACAUCAGCUGCACCACGCCGCACUGCACCAUUGCAUCACAUCACCGAGACCCAAGUCCUUUUCGAUUCUGCCGUCCUGCCAUCCUCACAUGAAUUGACCUCGCUCGCCCUCCUCAUCCCUCGAGAUCCAGCCUGUGAGACAGCAUGGCUGCUAUACAAAAAGGCGACUACAACUUCUCAGAGCGGCGACAGCAAUUCGAGCAAAGCAAGCCCACUGGCGGUUUGCGAUCCUUCCUCCACAGGCGCAACAACUCGGACGGCGUCAACCUCCUUUCCACAUCGCCCAAUCUUAGCCCACCACCAACCAACCAGGCGCACCAGGGGAGUCGCAACGCCGAGAAUCGCCACUCAACAACAGCCAUGGCAUUCCCCAGGUUAUCAAUUAGUGCUGAGCCUCUCCAGCCGGCACAUUCGCCCACCAGGGAAAGUCGAGAAGGCGCCGACACCAACUGUAACCCCAGCAGUGAUAGACUACAGCCACCAGCAUCUCCCACGAAAUCCGGACUUGGUACUUUCUCCUCCAGGUUCUCCAGGGAUAAGGGCCCCAGGGACGCUUCACCACCCAAGAAGACCCGGUCCUCAACUAACAUCGUCGGCCUGCUAUCUCGUCCAAGGUCCAACAAGAACUUGAAGCUGGACCUGGAACAGCAGCUCAAGAACAAGGAAAACAGGAAGCCGUCGGAUCAGAGCGCAUCUGACGCUCCUGCAACUCCCAUCUUUGCCCAGAUGCGCAGCAGAGGCUUCGGUCAGGCUGUUUCCGUCCCGAGCUCACCUUACGAGGCGCCUGCCGACCCUUUCACCUCCGCAAGUCUGCUAAACCUGAGCAACUCGCUUCGACCAUCCCAAUCCAACGUGGCCCCCGGCCAGAAGCAGCGACCCAAGUCGUUUCAGCCUCAGUAUCUCCCCAAACCCGACACUGCCCAGGUAGAAGACAGGAGGGAGAAUCGUGGGCGGACGAGACACGACGACUCCAGUGAUACCAACCGCGACUCGACACGGGCCAAAGGACGAUCCAAGUCACGCAACGGAGUCUUUUCGGCACUGACAACCCGAGGGGGGCGGAAAUCAAAGUCUCCGUCGCCACCUUCCCAAGAUGCAGCCGAGCCCUAUAUCGACCCGAAGGAAAUCGACAAGCACCUGGAGGCUAUGCUUGAUCGGCGCAACAUCCCAGAGAAUCAGCGACACAAGAUGCGGAGUCUGACGGAUACGAUCAAGAUGGAAUUCAUCAGACAGGACUGGGCCGAGAACGAAGGGAAGAAUCUGGUCCGGCCGCAGACCAAUGAUAGCGACGACUCUACCUCGGGCACCGCCAACACAUCUGUGCAUGAAAGUGAAAAGAAACAAUCUCGAGGGAGGAGUUUCACGCUGUCAAGGAACAGCUGGAAGCUCGGGACCUCACCGUCAAAGGGCAAGAAGAAAGAGGCCUCUAUCAGGGGGCAUACCAGGAACAAGUCGGUGGACAGCACCGUCAGUGAAAGGCCUUCCUCCUCGGGCGCCUCGCACGCUAGCAAUGGGUUCAUUGCGAAGAUCACCGGCCAGCAGCCCUCGGAUUUUGUGGGUUAUCUGCGCAAGGUCCAGAAGCCAGAAUCCGUCGAGGUUGGCAAGCUUCACAAAUUGCGCCUGCUGCUCCGAAACGAGCGGGUAGCGUGGACUGAAGAUUUUGUGAAGCAAGGCGGCAUGCAGGAAAUCGUUGGUCUACUCCACCGGAUCAUGGCGGUUGAGUGGAGGGAGGAACACGAGGAUGCUUUACUCCAUGAGAACCUACUUUGCCUCAAGGCGCUAUGCACAACCGCUUUGGCUUUGCAGUAUCUCCACUCUAUCCAGGGAACUCUCUUCCCUGCUCUGAUUGGCAUGAUAUUUGACCCGGAGAAGAAAGGCCCGAGCGAAUUUACCACCCGGAACAUAAUCACAUCUGUGCUUUUCACUUACAUCCAAAGCGGCACCCCUCAGGAGAGGGUGCUGAGGGCCAAGGCGGUGCUAUCGUACCUCCGUGACCCACAGGCGAAAGAGGAGGAGCGGCCGGUGGAAUUUGUUCUGGGGAUGAGGCGAGAGCGACCUUAUCGCGUGUGGAACAAAGAGGUUGUCAAUGUCACGAAGGAAGUUUUCUGGAUCUUCCUCCACCAACUCAACGUCGUCGCCUUGCCAGCAGGCCAUAAGUCAAACGAAGACAUACGGACGACAGCAAACACAAACGAUGCAGCCGCAUCUAUCAACAAUGAACAAGCGACGAACAAUUCUGAACCAUAUGCCUACAUGACGCGGCAUUUCCCACAGGAGCGGCCUCCUGUUCCAGCUGCGCCAUAUGUCGGCGGCGUCGAAUGGGAUGCCACGAACUACCUGGCAUCUCAUCUGGACAUCAUCAAUGCUAUUCUGGCAUGUACGCCGACACGGUACGAGAGAAACGCUCUGCGUGAGCAGCUCCGCAUCUCGGGCUGGGAGCGUUGUCUUGGAGGAAGCCUGCGCCUCUGCAAGGAGAAGUUCUAUCCUGCUGUGCAUGAUGCUCUUCGCAACUGGGUUGCAGCAGCAGCGGACGACGGCUGGGACGUCAGAGAUGUGCGAUUCGGCCCGCCUGCCGAGUCACGCAGCUCAUCCCCAAAGAAGCCUGCUCCUGGGGCUGGUGCCGCAUCGCCAAAGAAGAAGUUGGUUGAGGAGCCUCCGCCAAGGCUGGAGAUGCCGAAGCUGGACUUUAUGCUCGACGGGCCACUAUCCGCUGCCCCGUAGUGGAAGGAUGAGAAGUGGACCGAGCUAUUCAGCAACAUGAGGCAGCAAAUGGGGAGGGGACCAAUGGCGGUUGAACCCGGCAGGGGAGCCAACUGCCAACAGUGUGAAAGGAAGCCGAAAGAUGCCCGGAGUAAAGGCGAGUGAUCAUAGUGGUCAUGGCCGCAUUGAGUCUGGGAAGGAAAGAAAAGCAGCAACUCAUAAUUUUGCAUGAGCUGAUUGAGUCAUUCGGAGUUAUGGAAUGGAUGGCGGCAUGGCAAACGGAUCUCAUUUUUUUGCGCGUCCCAAGCUUGGUUUUCUGCAUGUUAUCACAGCACCCGCUCCUCUCCUUCCGCCGACUCUUGCGGAGUCGUUGAAUCUGAAGGCAUGAGGCCGGAGGCGUUUGCCCACCUUCAUCUCGAGGCGGGGCAGGCUAGAAGUCGGGCUGUAUCUGUUGGAGCCCCGUAAUGAGACGGAAGCAUGGGGGCAUGGUAGAUAGGGGUUGGUUCUCGUGUUUGCAGCUCAUGAGAUAUGUCUAAUGAAUGAUACGAAAUACAUACAAGAUCAAUGUCAACUCCUGUAAUCACG